AUGAGAAUACAUUCUUCAAAUCAUCCAUGGCUUUUACUAGCCAUUCUCGUGGUUCUCCUCUAUUUCCCUGGAGCUCUGUCAAGCAAGAACGACGAGAAGGCAACCUCAAAGAACACGAAGAAAGAAGUAACUUAUGAUGGAACAUCUAUAAUCAUCAAUGGAAAAAGAGAAUUGCUUUACUCUGGCUCCAUCCAUUACCCUCGUAGCACUCCUGAUAUGUGGCCCAAAAUUAUCAAGAAAGCAAAACAAGGUGGUCUGAACACUAUUCAAACAUAUGUGUUUUGGAAUUUUCAUGAACUUGAACAGGGGAAGUUCAAUUUUACGGGUAGAGCCAAUCUGGUAAAGUUUAUAAAAUUGAUUGAGAAGAAUGGUAUGUACGUAACCUUGAGGCUUGGACCUUUCAUUCAGGCUGAAUGGACUCAUGGAGGACUUCCUUACUGGCUUAGAGAAAUUCCCGGGAUUUUCUUCCGUACCGACAAUAAACCCUUCAAGGAACAUACAGAGAGGUAUGUUAGGGUGAUACUUGAUAAGAUGAAAGAGGAGAAGCUUUUUGCUUCACAAGGAGGCCCCAUCAUAUUAGGACAGAUAGAGAAUGAGUAUAGUGCGGUUCAACGUGCAUAUAAAAAUGAUGGAUCAAACUACAUUAAGUGGGCAUCUAAAUUGGUACAUUCUAUGAAUUUGGGGAUCCCAUGGGUUAUGUGUAAGCAAAAUGAUGCUCCUGAUCCUAUGAUCAACGCUUGUAAUGGAAGACAUUGUGGUGAUACGUUCCCUGGUCCCAACAGAGACCACAAGCCAUCUUUAUGGACAGAGAAUUGGACUACUCAGUUCCGCGUUUUUGGCGAUCCUCCAGUGCAAAGAUCUGUAGAAGAUAUAGCCUUUUCUGUUGCCCGGUUCUUUUCCAAGAAUGGAAGCCAUGUUAACUACUACAUGUAUCAUGGAGGUACUAACUUUGGAAGAACUUCUGCCCAUUAUGUAACCACUCGUUACUAUGAUGAUGCCCCUCUUGAUGAAUUCGGAUUGGAAAAGGAGCCUAAGUACGGUCACCUAAAACAUCUUCACAACGCCCUUAACUUGUGCAAGAAGGCACUUCUCUGGGGACAAUCUCGAACUGAGAAGCCUGACAAUAACACUGAGAUAAGAUACUACGAGCAGCCUGGAACUAAAGUUUGUGCAGCGUUUCUAGCUAACAAUAACACAGAAUCUGCGGAAAAAAUCACAUUCAGGGGAAAGGAAUACAUUAUACCUCCUCGCUCCAUUAGUAUUCUCCCUGACUGCAAAACUGUUGUGUAUAGCACCGGAGAGAUUGUCUCUCAUCACACUGCAAGGAACUAUAUGAAGUCAAAGAAGGCGAAUAAGAAGUUGGAUUUCAAGGUCUUCACCGAGACCGUUCCAAUUGAGCUUAAAGGUGAUUCUUACGUCCCCGUUGAGCUCUAUGGCUUGACCAAAGACGAGUCUGAUUACGGAUGGUACACAACGAACUUCAAGAUAGAUGACAGUGACCUUAAGAAGAAAGGAGGUAAGCCUACUGUGAGGAUUGCUAGUCUUGGCCACGCAUUGCAUGUCUGGCUCAAUGGAGAAUACCUUGGAAAGGGACAUGGUAGCCAUGAUGAGAAGAGUUUCGUCUUUCAGAAGCCGAUUGCACUAAAAGAAGGAGAGAAUCACCUUACCAUGCUAGGGGUUUUAACAGGAUUUCCAGACAGUGGAUCUUAUCUGGAGCAUAGAUUCACAGGUCCACGUAGUGUUUCCAUCUUAGGAUUGAGCUCUGGACCACUCGAUCUCACUGAGAAAAGCAAAUGGGGAAACAAGGUGGGUAUGGAAGGCGAAAAGCUCGAUAUCCACACCAAUAAAGGAUUGAAGAAGGUUAAAUGGCAGAAAUUCUCAGGAAAGGCACCAGGACUUACAUGGUACCAGACAUACUUUGAUGCCCCAGAAAGCCUAAGCCCUACAGCAAUUAGGAUGAAUGGAAUGGGAAAGGGUUUGAUUUGGGUUAACGGAGAAGGUGUUGGUCGAUAUUGGAUGUCGUUUUUAUCUCCUUUAGGCCAGUCAACACAAAUCGAAUAUCAUAUCCCUAGGUCUUUCUUGAAGCCCAAGAAAAAUCUUCUGGUUAUAUUCGAGGAAGAACCAAAUGUGAAGCCAGAGCUUAUCGAUUUUGUCAUCAUCAAUAGAGACACUGUGUGCUCUUACAUUGGAGAAGACUACACUCCUAGUGUCCGUCACUGGACUAGGAAGAAUGACAAUGUCCAGGCCAUCACUGAUGAUGUGCAUCUCACGGCUAAUCUCAAAUGUUCCGGAACUAAGAAGAUCUCCGCAGUGGAAUUUGCUAGCUUCGGAAACCCUAGUGGGACUUGUGGAAACUUCACCCUUGGUUCUUGCAAUGCUCCUGUCUCUAAACAAGUCGUCGAGAAGUAUUGUUUGGGUAAAGCAGAGUGUGUGAUUCCGGUUAACAAGACCACCUUCCAGCAGGAUAAGAAGGAUUCAUGUCCCAAAGUUGUGAAGACGCUUGCUGUGCAAGUCAAGUGUGGCCGUCCAAAGAAGAACUAAGUAUAUAUCUUAUCUUUUUGUUUUUGAAAAAGGGCUAACUAAGUAUAUAUCUUUACUUUAUAAUUCAUGUUGAGUAGAUACAAAAAUUAUGCAUUGUUUUAUUGUUCCAUUUUUGAAUUUAUUAAUUAAAAUGUAUAUUAUACUACUUCAGGUCUUUUGUUAUGUGUAAUGA